CUCGUUUUCCAAACCAGCUGUUAUGCUUGUUCAUACGAUUUCGUAACAAAAUUUUUAGAAAUUUGUGAUUUAAGAUAAUUUUAUAUUAAAAUUCUUAAAAGAUGUUACUGAAGUACAUCCCACCAGUUAUUCAACAACAUAUGAGACAGAUUUCAUCUUCAUCUGCCGCUGUAACAAGGAUUCAUCGAUCAAUUUACGCACGACAAUAUCCAACAGUUGUUGUUUUGCCGGAUGGAUCCACAGUUAAUAUACGAUACGAAGAACCAAGAAAGAUUGUUAAGCUGCCACUGGAUUUAAGUACACUUACCGAAGCCGAACGUAAAGCUCGCUUGGAAGCUCGUAAGCCGCGUCGAAAAAUUAACAUCGUUGAAGAAGUGGAAGAUAAUUUCAAUGCCAAGAAAUACAUGAAAUAUAUUAAGAAGAAAUAGAUUAAAAUAAGAAAAACGAUUAAAGAAUAAUACAUAGUUAAACUUA